GGUAACCCUCCGGCUUCAUUAAGUGGGUUUAUACAAAGAUUACAAUAAAUGUCUAUCUUUAUGGCAAGAGGCAAUUGUACAAGAAAGGCUGGGAAAUGGAGAGAAAGUGAAUGAGCAGCUGUGUGCAGAGGUGGAGGAGGGGGUGAUACGGUUUCCUUUGGGUCUCAGGAGCACUACUUUAGAAAUGAUCACAUCUGUAUGCUCUGAGGACAAUGUGCUAAAAAACCUGUCCCAUUAUUUCCUGGGGAAACAAAGCUUCUUAUUUUAUAAUAGCCUGCUACCUCUCUCCCUAGUCCUGUCCUGUGGUAUGGUUGAUGGCCUCAGACUUUGCCCCCUGUAGAUUCCUUGAUGUCACCUUAGACCAACCACCUCCUUGGUUCUGAAUGACCAUAACUGCCCUAUGCUCACAGUGAGAUGUCCGAGACCCCUGAGUACCUGUGUGAACAUGGGCCCUUCUGUGUGCCAUGUGGCUAGCCACUCCUAGCCUAUUGUCUGUGGCCUGGUGCUUGUCCCCACUCCACGGAUCUCUGCCUACAUCUGCCUGCUGCUCCCCACCAUUCCUGCUUUUCUCAUCCUCUAGAUCCCUUCCCCGACCCCGAGCUCCGGGGGACUCGUUUUCUGAUGCUCAAAGGCUGGUUUCAUGCCGCACUUGAUCUCACAGCUCCUGGGCUACAACAUGCAUUCUCUGUGUGGAGUCAGACCUGGCUGUUCCUUCCCAUCUGUAGGGUUUGGACAAGCUCUUCUACCUUCUGAGGUCUUUUGAUUUUACCAUCUCUAAAAUGGUCAUGAGGAUGCCUACCUCAUAGGGUCACCAGGACAACUGGACUAGGACGUUUCCCGGGAUAAUCCAAAGGCACAGUAGCCACCUCAGAAUUUCCAGACAGUCCACGUUGUAGACCCAUUCCAUUUUGGCUAAGUCUGGGCCAGUGAAAUGUUUCUGGGAUGGAGCCGACAGCCCAGGGACAGACGGAGAAAAGCUUCAGCUACGUCAUCAGAGCUCCCAGCAUCGAUGGCUCGGAUGGGAUAAAUGUGGACGUGAAGAUUGACACCUGCUGGGUGUUCCGAGACAUGGAGGAGAGUGACAAGGAGCAGGGACGCCUUCCAGAAACAGCCAGCAGCCUGGACCUGGACACAGGGCUGCUCAGGGAGCAGCUAGAAUCCUCCGAGCAGAAGCUGUUGGCAGCUGUGGACAAGCAUAUGGUAUCAGAGUCAGGGCUGAGGAGCAGGGUCCAGGAGCUGGAGCUGUCAGAAAGGAGGCUUCUCUUGAAGGUGGAACAGCUGAGUGCCUGUGUGGCCGAGGAAAGAAGUGCCACAAUCCGCGUCCAGGAGCAGCUGCAGGCACUGAAGGGGACACUGGUCAGCCAGGUGCGGGAGGCAGAGAGUGCGGUCCGACGGCAGCGGCGGCUGCAGGAGCGGCUGCGGCGCAAGGACGAGGCGCUGGCACGGCAGGCGGCGGCCCUGAAGCGUUGCGGGCGGGUGCAGCGGCAGCAGCUGGGCCUGGUGCGGGAGCAGGAGCGCGUUCUGCGGGUGCAGGUGCAGCGGCUGGAGCGCGACGUGCGGCGCCUGGGGCACGCUGCGGGCCUCCUGCUGGCUCAGCUGCAGGCCGCGGACUCGUCGCCCAUUAUGGGGAGCUCCGGACCGCAGUUUCUAGCCGGUCCCUUGGGUGAUCCCGAGGGGGAAGAGCUGAGCGCGCUGCGAGCCAGGGCGGAGCUCGCGGAGCGGGAGCGGGUGAAAGCGGUGCUCAGGCUGCGGGAGCACAGCGCCACCGAGCGGCAGCUGCGGGAGCAGCUGGAGGAACUGCGCUGCUGCGUGUAUGGGCUGACGUUGUCGGAGAUUGGCCUGCACAGCCAGGUGGAGGAGCUCGCCCAUCAAAAUCGGCGCCUGCGGGCCCAGCUGGGGCACGGUAGCCCGGGUGCCUUGGGCUGUGCACAGAGUGAUUCUCCACCUCCACCCAGGGCAGAGGUGCUGGAUCCCGGCAGCAGCCACGGCUGCCAUGGUGAUGCGCGUGAACUUCAGGGCCCGGCAGGCCAGUUCUCAGAAGAGUCCCCUAGCUGUGUUGGAGACGGACCAGACCCCCACAUGAUGGUGUUAGCAAGGACCAUAGGCAAGCUUCAGAGAGACCUGCCAGGGUCUGAGCAUAGACAGGGGGCUCUCAUCCAGCCCCACCUGGAUGCACAGGUUCUCCGGCUGCUGUGUAGCUGUCCCCCAGGUUCAGGCAUGGACGAGCCACUCUGCUCCUUGGGUUUGUCAGAAGUAUCAGAGAAUCUUCAAAGUGUUGGAGCCCAAGAACCCCUACUGCUGUUACCCACAUCCAUGCUCCAGCUCUGGGGACCUGCUGGAGACCCAGAGCUCCUCCUGCUGCCCCUGCUCCAGGAGUGUCCUCUGCAAGAACUGCAGACCCAAGAAGAGCUGGACAGCAUGCUUUCACCCGCCCUUGGAGCUCUGGCACACUCCAGCUGCCAUCGUAAUCUGGCAAGGAACCAUGACAUCACCUUCGGUCGGGAGUCCCCACUUAUUUCCAAUGGUUCAUCUCUCACAAAAGGGCCCAAGGAGCCAAGAGACAAGUGGCAGGAGGGAAGUGGGCCUCCAGUCACAAGUGCAGAGAAGUGGGGGGUGAUGGGAACCUUGGGUGGGGUAAAGUCAGAGCUUGAUGACAGGUGCCUGCUGUUCCUGCAAGACAGUGAGAAGCUGUCCUUGGACACCGAGGUCCACACUCCAGAGAGCAUGCAGGGAGGAGGCGGGGCUGCAGAUACCCAGGCUGUGUCCUCCUUUCCUUGGCUUGGGUCAGAAUGUCUAAUACUGCCUCUGCAUGGGACAGCCUCUAGGUCACAGGAGGGUCCUGACUCCCUGAGCAAAAGAGGGAAUGUGGAAGGAUGUGGCUGGGAACGAUUGAUAAAUCUGUCUCCAGAGGAGGAAGAGGCCACCAGCUUCAGGGCUCAUGGGACCCGGACAAGGACAAAUGGUAGCCAGCUUUCCUUGGGAAAGGGCAAAGACAUCUGGAGGAGUGCACAGGGCAAGCAGGGCCACCAGCUGUGCUUUGGAGACGCUGAGUUCCUACAGAAGGAGAGAUCUGGGGAUGGAGAACAAGAGAAGAUGCAGGUCCGAGUGGCAUCAGACUCGGCUUCUGUGGGCCCUGAGCAGCCUGAGUUCAAGACCCGUGUGGGUCAGGAACAGUGCAUAGAUGAUCAGGAUUUUUUACAGCUUUCCAGAUGGGCUUCAGCAGGUGCCAGCAGUGAAGGUCCUUUCUCCUCACAGGCUCUGAUCACAGGACAGGAUAGGCGUGCCCUCCAGACAGACACACUGGAGAAGGAGGUGGGAGCAGGCUUCCAGCAGCUGAACAACCUGCAGAGUGUGUGUGGAGACCCCCAGCAGAUGUCAGCCUUGAUGAGAGAGAGCCACAGUGCCACUCACAGGUGGCGGCGGGACAUGGAGGAGGGUGUGUGCCUUCAGCAGGCAUUGGCCAGCCAGGAUCUGAAUGCAAAACCCAACAAGAACGAUGAGGGAGUGGGGCUGGACGAGGAUGUGGUCCUAUGCAAUGGAGAAGUUUUUCCAGGAGCAGUACUCAAUGGGGAUAAAGCCAACUGGGGCUCUUCUGAGCUGGGUGGCAGUCAGCUCCCUGCAACAUGCUAUAUCCUAAAUAAGGCGGGAAGCAGAUUCCAUCAGCUCCUGGCUAACACGGAGAAAGAGAGAAGUCAGAUUUUACUUGAUAAUGCCGGGCUUCAGGGACACCAAGAGGGAUGUCACCAUGAAGGAUGCCCUUGUGAAAAGGAGCAUGCAAGAGAAGCUGCCAAGGCACUGAGGCUGGAACAGGCAAACCACACGCUGCAGGGAGAGCUGGUCCGCCUCAGGCACGAGCUGGACGGGUGCCUGCAGGCUGUGUCCGACCUGGAGGAAUGCAAUAGGAAGAGUUACUGCAAGAUUUCCCAGCUGGAAGAGGAGAACGAGAAACUGAAGAGGGACCUGGGCCAGUUGCAUAAGGCCGUGGCUGAAAGUGUCAGGAAAGCCGGGAGCAGGGUGAAACAUGUCACCCUGGAAAAUGCAGAGCUCAGGGCUCUGAUCUCUGAGCUCGGGGUCAGCUAUAAAGGACUGAUAAAAGACACAGUGCUAGGGAUAGAAGACAUGGUCUGGGCUCUGCAGGGGGAAAACAAGCGCCUUGUGGGCAGGGUCCAAGGCCUGGAGAGGGAGGUCCUGCAGAUGAGCAGGGAUUCGGGGGAAGAAACGUGGUACUCCCAGGGAAACGCCAGCAUGGUGGGAGACAAGGGACACGCUGAAGACAAAGAGGUCCAGGUGACUAUGUUUUCAAGACAACUUAGCACAAGAGCCUGUGGGCCAUCCUGGGCUGAGAAGUCGGAUGUGGCUGGAGGACCUUCCUUAGAUUUGGAAGAUUCCAAAUGCAGGGCUGAUGCUACUAUGACCUCAUCAGUCUGUGCAGCCACCACAGGGCCUCAGGAAGCACACACCAACGGGGCAGCGGGAGACAGAGCUUGGCUGCCGAAAGAACAGAAGACGCCAUGGUGUUCUGUGCAACAAGGAGCGCCUCAGAGGUCCCGGAGCCUCAGCCCCCAGCUCCAAAACUCUAAGGCUGCUGCCUCUGAGGAAGACACCAGACUAUGCAUACAGCGGCUCCAGCACCAGGUUCGGACCCUACAGUGCCAGCUCAGGGACCAGGGCUGGGCACUGAGGGAGUUGCAGAUGGCUCGGGAUGAGGCAGUGGGCCUCCAGGAUAAGCUCAAAAGCAAGCUUGAGGAGCUUCGGGAGCAGCAGCAUGAAGUGCGCCUGGCUUCAAGCCCUCUGAAGGCCAAGCUGGCUUCCCUGGUCCACAAGUGCCAGGAGAGGAACCGCCUGAUUGAACACCUACUGCAGGAGCUGCCAAGGCACGAGCCCAGGAACCGCCUGCUCUCUGAGCUGGCGCAGAACAUGCUUGAGGAUAUAGCCCUGGCUGAGUAUAGUGCCACCUUCCUGACCCCAGGAGCACCUGAGAUGUUCUGCCACCUGGAUGUGAGCUCCAAGGAGACCUUAGCCGGAGGAGCUCAGGAGUCUCUGUUUAAUUCUGAAACAGACAGUGUCCUCCAAAGCCUGUGGGGUGCCGAGUCCUGGUCCCAUCCAGGGGUUGAGUGGGCACUGCAGACUGCUCCACCAGGUUCCCCAAAGACCCCAGACCUCACCAAUGGCUUUUCCUGGGAAACAGAGGACAUGCUUGCCCCAUUGAGGAACACUGGAAAAUGCUGCCUGAGAAGCCCCGGGCCUGGCUUGAGCCUUGAGAAAGAAGACAUCACCAUCAGGCACAUCACGAUGGAAAAGAUGAAUGUCUGUCCCAGAUGACCAAUGGAGCAGAGGUGGCACUGUGAUGUAUGGCCCUUUCAGGAGCUGAGUUACAAGCCUCAUCAUCACUCCCUUCCCAAGUCAUCACGAGGGAAUGUUUCUCUCUGCACAAGACCAGUGAGCACCUCAGAAGCCCCCCAGCACUGGCAUGGAGCAAUAGAGAGACCCUGAGAUCUGGAGUCCCCAGGCCUCUCUUCCCACUCAAUGCUGCUGCAGCUACUUCCUCCUUUCCAAAGCCUGGAUGGAGACUUACGAAGCACCCGGAACACUGUGUGCCAACUUGAGCCUGUGGCCACAUAUGGGAAAACAAAUCUUUUAAGGUCAGAUGCGGACUCAGCAGAGUCUGGCCUCUCCCCCUUCGGCUUUGGGUGAGAUGGAACACAGAUGGAAGAGCCUCUCAUCAACUCACAUUCUGUGGAGAGAGGCCAGUUUGGUGCUACUUGACUUUCAUGUGCAAGCUAGAAGACAGAGACCACCUGGCAUAGGAGAGACAAGAAGGAUUUCAAGGCAGAGCAGCAAGGCUGCUGUGAGUCCUCUGAAGAUCUCUGACCCUGAAGACACUCCCUGCCCUGUUUCAUCACCUGGUAACCUGGGUCCUCACACACCUGCAACAGCAUCUGCUGGGAGCACCGGGGAACAGGCUGGGUGGGGAAGCACUUUGCAGACUUGAGCACAGAGAAGACACUUUAUUUGGGUCAUUCCUUUGUUAUGCAUUUAUGGUGCACCUACUGUGUGCACUGUGAACAAUGUGAUCUGUCUGCCUCGAGUUGAUUUGGAAAACAUCCCUGGACAGAGAAGGAUUGCCUGUCAGAUGGCUGUACUACACAUUCGUCGGUUAUAACUAACAACAGCCAGAGAGUUGGCAUGGCAACGUUUCUCCCUGAACUGCGAGGCAGGAAGCUUAAAAUAGGUACGCUGGAGGUGUGGCAGCAGCCGAGACAGAUAGCUCUGCAGCCUAAAAUGGGUGGCAAACUCAGUAUUCAUGCCCUUGUCUGUCCCCAGCAAGUCAGCAGUGCAGGGGCCGAGAGGGAAAACCCAAAAGCAUUCACUGUGGGGGCUGGAGAGAAAGUAGGACUCACUAUAAAUGUCCUUCCUUCCUGAAGCCCAGAGAACUUGAGUGGGACACCCUUGGCCAAGGGGCCCCAGGUGGGACUGCACCUGUUCUGAUGUCUCUUGUGGACUGCUGCCCAGCGGUGCGGGUGGGUUUCAAUGGCCAUGGCAUCACUUAGAUUCCGAGUUCAAGUCUCUCUUUUUCUGUGGAAUUCAUGUGCACAUGAAUGAUCCUCCUUGGGAAGUCCCAGGUCCUAAAAUAGGUUCCAUCCCCAGCACCAUAUACACUGGGUGUGGUGAAGGACUGUGAUCCUAGCACUCCAGAUCGGGGAGGCAGGAGGAGCAGAUGUCCAACUUACCUUCAGUAAGUUUGAGACUAGUCUGGGAUAUACAGAUCUUGUCUCAAAAACAAAACAAAACAAAACAAAACAAAACAAAACAAAACAAAACAAAACAAAACAAAACAUGAGUUAAGCCAAGCAUGUUGAUACAUGCCUGCAGUCCUCUCACCUAGUACUUGGGAGGCAGAGGCAGGAGGAUGCAGAGAUGAAGGCUAGUCUGGGCUAUGUGAAAGCUGUCUUAUCAAAAUGUGCAUGGAGCAUUUUGUGGUGAGACUCAUCUGUGAGUCUGGUUCAUCAUCCCUGCAGAGGAUGGGAACUCGGGUCUCACACAGGACUGCUUUGUGCUCCCUUGGCUCAGCAGGUAAUUGAGUGAGGUUUAUCAUUUCAGGGGUUUCUUCUCCUAUAAGCUCUGAGCCGAUUAAAAGAGACUAAUGGCCCUUGUUUGUUUCCAAGCUGAGAUCCUAGGUCUGGAAGAUGAAACUUCUCCCUCCCUCCCUCCUUCUCUCCCUCCCUCCCUCUCUCCCUCCCUUCCCUCUUCUCUUUCCUUCUUUCCUCCCUUUCUCCUUUCCUCCUUGACUUCCUUCCUCCUUCCUCAUUUCCUCCCUCACUCCCUUCCUCCUUUCUUUCUUUACUCCCUCCGUCCCUCCCUCCUCCCUCCCUCCCUUUCUUCUUUGCUUCCUUCCUUCCUUUCUCCCUCCCCCCUCCUCUUCUUUCUUCCUCUUUUCCCUUCUGUCUUUUUUCGUGAGCAGGGGACAAUCCAAUAGAGCACAAAGUGUCAACUGGAAACAGUUUAGGGAAGGAGAGGGCUGGACAGGACUUUGGGCCACUGUCUGAAACUAGGUAGUUAGUCUCCCUAGCUGCUUCACCUGCCUUCAGCAGAGCAUCCCCGCCCAGACCCACCAUUCUGGGUUCUUUUUGAUGGUCUCAUGGCCCUCUGCAGUCCAGGCUGCUUUUGAACUUCGGAUUCCCAUGCUUCUGCCCCCCAAGUCCUGGGGUUUCUGGCAUGUGCCACCCAUGGCUUGGAAAGUGAGACCUUUUGAGGUCUCAAGUGAGGAUAGGGAAUUAGACAGUUCUGUCAUCUUUCUUGUGUUCCCCUUGCUGAGACUGUGGGUUCUGGGGUCACCUGCAGACAUCGUCCUGGGUGUAGCCUGGGCAGGGAAGCUUCUGAGAAGCCAAGUGAAGCAGCAGGGUAGAUAACUAUCCACUUUCAGAUAGUGAACCCAAAGUCCCUUCCAGCCCUGCCCUUCUCCGAACGAAUUAAGUUUCCAGAUGCUACUGUGAGGCUCUCUUGCGCUCUGUUGCAUUUGCUUUUACUCUUCACUGGGAAAGGACUGUGUAGGCAGGAGGUCCCCAUCUUUCGAAUAUGUCUAGACACGAGAUGGCUUUGCAACCUGACUUUUGAGACCCUCUUAAACCUCAGUGAGCCUUGUGGAACCAGAGCACACAGUGAGAGACGGCCUUCAUUCCCUGGGAACUUGGUGGCCCAUCACUGCAGAACUAUCUGAGAAUCCAGGGGAUGAAAUGUGCCUCUGGCAACUUCCUUGCAUCCUGAACUCUUCUGGGCUAGAUGCACUGUGAGAGGCGCAUCUUCUAAUUGUUCAAUGAACAGCAGCCGAUUUCUCUCCUGCAUUGGUGCCGGUGUGCACCUGCUUGGUACUCUGAGGUUUCCUGGUGCCUUACAGAAGUGAAUAAGGAAAAACCCUAGAGGGAUGCUGACCUGUAACUUCUCCAUGUGAUGGAAAGUUCUAGAAAAAAGGUUAAUUCAUACCUUGGACCUAAAAUCAUUUGGAAUAAAUCAGUGCACUGUGGGGCCAAAGGGCAGGAUUUUCUUUGUUUCGUCUCCGGUCAUGAUCUGACUGUGGCUGCUCCCCAGUCUGACUCUUGCAUCAUGGGAAGAUUGAACCAAGUCCACGAGGAUAAGGCUUUCUUCAAAAGCAUGAUUUUUGGGCAGCUGUUUCUAUGACAAAGGGUGGCCAAAUGGUAUCUUUAUACAUCAAGAGUAAAAGGGAAGAGAACAAUGAAUGAGAUUGUCAAACAUUGAUGAAAACUUGACUUCAAUCUGUGUCCUUUCCAUUCCUAACUGCAGUAAUACAAUAUAGUGAUCAUAAACAUGACCUUGGAAAUGAUGGGGGGGGGGAACCAGGUAAGGAACAGCUCUCACUUAGACUCUUCACUGAGGCAAGUAGAAGGCCAGCAGAGGUGGAAGGGUGAGCACAGGGGGCCAGAUGCACAUCCUGGGCCCUGAACUUGGCCUGGGCCACCAACCAGCUGUGUAAACUCCGACUCUCAGCCUCUCCAGGGGAACAGUGUGGGAAGGUGUGAGUACAACAGCCAAAGAACAUUGACAGAUACCAGGGACUUCUGUCAUUCCUCUGAAAGCAAGCAUGCAGACACCUCUAGGGAGUCAGAGCACAGGUUACCCCCUUGAACCAGGGUCUGAAGCUCAGGUUUUCCCAACCACUUUUCAUAGCCGGUGGGGGGAAGGGUAUAGGAGUCACUGUUGGGGUGCUGCAGAGAGUCCCUGGCCUUCUCAGUCCCUUGGGGGCUAGAACUAGGAACAGAAAGCACAGGACCUCGGUAAAGCACAACUGCAUUUGGGAAACUGUGCACUUUCUAACCAGGUCCCAGGUGCACAUUUACCGUAUACCUAACUGCUGGAAUCUAAAAGGACUCUCCCAUCUCUGUGUUACCAAACCCAGGGUCAAAACAUUGGCAGACCCACCACGUCCUCUCCCUCUUAGCCUCUCGGCUCCACAGGAGCAUGGUCCAGUGACAUGUAGACCCUUCUCCUGAUGGAGGCUUUACAACAGGACCCCCACUGAGUGGCUGGCAGUGGCUGUCCCUCAGCUGCUACCUGUAGUACAGUGAACACAGUGCUCCCUCCCUCCACUACUCAGCCCCUCCCCCCACCACUCAGACCUGUGUAACUCAGGCUCAGUACCCCACCAGGCUUUCUAAUGACAAUUCUGUCUUGUGUAAAUUAGGAUGUUUCCUUGUUACCCAGAAGUAUUUUUCUAUGUUAGUGAAAUGUAUACUUUGUGUAAUUUUGUACAUUAAAACAUAUGCUUUUUAUCAUAAUUAGA